AUGCUUCCACGGCCUUCGAUGCUACCUCCCCUGAAGCUUGCCGGUAGGCAGGGACACGCUUCGAUCCUCCGUAGCACCCUCCAGCGCCGCUUCGCCAGUACUGAACCCCCGAAGCUUGUCGGCCCAAUGGACAAUGCCUUCAAUAGAGAGAGACUGGCUGUCAAGCACCAUGCCGCACAAUCAGCGGAUCUUUGGCGUAAACUCUGUAUCUAUAUCGUCAUACCUGCCCUUAUCAUAGGGUCCAUCAACGCGAAGAAUCUGUGGGAUGAGCAUUGGGAACAUUGGGAGCACAUGCCGCCCUUGGAGGAAAGAGUCCAGUAUCCCUACAUGAACAUCCGAACAAAAGCCUUCCCGUGGGGCGAUGGCGACAAGACUCUAUUCUGGAAUCCAAAGGUCAACUACCACCGCAAAGAUGAAUAG